CUUGCAAAGUGGCAACAUCGUUUUACGUAUAUUUGUUUCUCCUACUAAGGAGAUCUGAGAAAUAUAUUUUCAUUGUAUUUCUUCAACAAUUUUGUAAAGUUUGUUAAUGGGAAUAGGUGAAUUUGGCAAAGACCACCUCUAAAAUUAUGACAGGCACAAGAUUUGCUCGCACCGGCCGAUGCCGGUUUUUUGCGUGUUUAGCCGUACUGACCGCGAUGCUAUGUAUGGUGGCGAUUUUUCACAGCUCUCAACAACAACUGGAUGAGACACGCGAACAACGUUUACGUUGCGAAAGGCAACAGGAACAACUGAAUGAACAACUUCAAAAUAUGGUGGAACAAAAAUACAAUCAACAAAAAACAUUGGAACAAGAGCGAAACGAACAAAUGGAAGCUCGACAUAAUUUGGAACAGAAACUGAAAGAACUAACUAUAUUGCGAACAAAAGAACAAAUGGAUAUAGAGUUUCGUUAUGAUAAGUUACAACAGGCGCAUACAUUAUUAAAAAGCGAACAUGAUGAAUUAGUAACUGAGUGCCAGAAGAGUAAGAAGGAACUCUUGGAAAGUACCAAUGCUCUGGAAAAGAAGCUACAAUCUGCUCGUUCCGAAGCGGAUAAAGAGAAAAAUGUACUCAAUGGGGAAAUUACAUUAUGGAGGGAAAAAUAUAAUUCCGUGUUUGCUGAAAAAGAACGUCUUGAAAUUUUGCUCAACGCGUCUGGCAAAAAGACCGAGUUACAUAGCAAAAUUAUAAGCUUGGAACAUAUAAUCGCACAGUACGAGCAACAUUGUGAUUACAAACCUGAAACUAGAAUGAACAACGAGAAACCUUUGAAUCCUCCAAAUAUAUCUCGUAAUACAAGUCCCCAAACACGCAUUGAGAAGUCUUUUAAUGAACAAGUCCGAGUGAGUUCCGGCUUAUAUCACAUCGAUAUUAAACUAACUAACAAAACGGAAGAAGUUGCUUCGUCAAAUACGAAUCAAACUAUUUCGCCUACUAACAAUAUAAUAGGUUCCAAAUCGAAUGCGCAUAGUGUUGAGCGUAAAGAGAAUGAAAAUGAAAAUGUAAUUUUAAAAGCUGGUAGCGAUAUUGUUGCUGGUGGUGUUGGGUUAGACGGUGUCGGCGGCUUUUUGCCAUAUCUUUCACGUAGUAACCGCAGCUUAAUACUAAAUUCUGUUGAAAAUUUUCAGAUUUUACCAAAACCAAUUGAAAAAGUGGCAGAUGGAGUUGAAGCUGAUGCCAAAAUCUUGAAUCAAAUGCGACAACCACCAGCGAACCAAUCAGAGGCAUCUGCUAACAACAAAUUGAUAUUACCAUUAAGCGCACCCCGAAAGGCGGCAACAACUGAAACGUCAAAAUCCGAACAACAUGUACUCGAAGUAAAUGCUCCAAUUACAAACACGAACAAUACAUCAACUACUAGUGGCGCUUUUCCACCUCUACCAAUGCCACCAAACCCACGUAAAUUACCAGAAAAUGUAGCCCCCAUACCAGCCAAUUUUGAGGAACUUCUAAAGGAAGAUAAUGCUAACCAGAAGCCGGAUGUUGCAAAAGCGGCAAAUAUAAAUGCGCCCCAGGAACUACAAAAGAACGAAAAUGAAGGAGCAAAAAAUGAUAGAUAUGCAAAUGCAAUUAAUGAAAUGGAACCGAAAGCUUCACAUAAAGAACAAAUUAUUGCGUCAGCUAAUGCUGCCAACGAAGAUUCUGGUGCACAUGAAAUCAAAGAUAAUGAUUUCAUAAAUGAUCAAAAUUUCAAUUUGCCAGCCAACGAAGAGAAUAACUUCUUUGAUGGAGGUGUUAAAAACGAACCGGUAGGCAACGUUGAAGAGAAGCCCAAAGGUGAAGAUAAUGAUGAUGACGAAGGGUUGGUUGGUGCAGUAGAUGCAGGAGAUAUAGCGGUUAAAAAUCACAACUUGCUGGAUACCAAUAAUUUAAAUAAUGAGGUUGCAGGCGAUCAGGGAAAGGAAUUUCCCGAUGAGUUGCGAUUGGAAGAAAAUAACGAGGAAGAUGAAGAUGAAGAUGAUUAUUCCAAUCCGGGAGCGCGUCAGCAAGGCGAACAAGCAAUUAGAAAUUAGGAAAGAAAACCUAAUAGUUUAACAAAUAAGUAUUUAUAAUAAUGCGGCAUUUGCACUAAGCACAUUAACAUUCGAAUAGCAUCGAAAAUCAUGAGACAUGCAUACAUCUCAUCAAUUGCACGUUAAACACACAUACACACCAACCCAGUAGAACCGCCAAAAAAUGCUGCUAUUUAAAUAAUAUCCCUUAACGGGAAAUUUCAAAAUAACCAGUAAAGAUAAUCCAUUAAAAUUUGAAAAAAAGAAGACCCAGUAUCCAAAAUCCCUAAAUAUUAAUAUAAAUGUACUAUCUA